AUGAAUCCAACUACCUAUGAAUCUGGCAGUGGAUGUCGAUUCCCAGUCAUAUAUCCAUUUUCAAGAGUAGCAAAGAAAUAUGACAGAAAUAUGCCGAAAGUUGUCUGUGAUGGAGAAGAUUGGGUCGAAUGUAAUAGAUGGCACGGUUACAAUUGUGGUAUUCGUCCCCACGAACCCCCUCCUUCGGCUCCGGGAAGAGAGAAGACCAUAAAUGUUUUAAUACUAGGCUUCGAUUCUGCAUCGCGUAACGGUUUCAUUCGAAAAAUGCCGAAGAGUUAUAAAUUUCUGAAAGAGGAUUUAGAAGCUGUAUUUCUUAACGGUUAUAAUAUAGUAGGAGAUGGAACUCCUGAUGCUCUCUUUCCGAUCCUAUCUGGUAGGACUGAACUGCAGCAUCCUUACGCGAGGCAACGCUAUUCCAAGGACAUAUAUCUUGAGCCGAAUUUGUUUAUUUUCCAUACAGCUAAACAAGAUGGUUAUCAAACAGCUUACUACGAAGAUAUGCCCUGGAUAGGAUCAUUUCAAUACCGAUACAAUGGGUUCAGCAGACGUCCUGCGGACCACUAUCUUAGGUCAUUCCUCAUGGAAGAAACUAAUCAUGGUUCUAAAUGGUGGAAAGGUCUCAACAGGAGAUACUGCUUGGGGGCGACGCCGCAGUAUCUGUUUUUACUGAAUUUGACCAGACAGUUCAUGAAUCUAAAUGCGAAGCGUUUUUGCUUCACAUUCAUCGCUGAUAUAUCCCACGAUGACUUCAACCUUAUAUCAACUGCUGAUGAUGACGUAGUCGAUUUUCUUGACCACAUCAAGCGGAGUGGGAAAUUGAAAGAUACCUUGCUUAUUGUAAUGGGCGAUCACGGACCUAGGUUUUCACGAAUGCGUGCAACAUAUCAAGGCAAAAUGGAAGAGAGAAUGGCUUUUAUGUCGAUAAUACUUCCUGAAAGUCUAAAACUGGAACGACCUGAUUCACUUAAGUCAUUAAAAUCUAAUUCUAAAGUACUCACAACUCCAUUUGAUAUCCACACAACGAUAUUAGACGCGAUGGGCUUGGAGAAUUUGGCCAGUGAUUUUGUUGUACCGAAUUCGAAGAUACGGAGAGGAUUGAGUCUUCUGCAAAAGAUACCGAAAUCCCGUACUUGUGACGAAGCAGGAAUACUACCGCAUUGGUGCGUCUGUCUUAAUAUAAAGUGGUAUAAUGUUAAUAAAACUGAUCGAAUGUACCAAAAAGCCGCAGAUUCUCUAAGCGAAUAUAUUAACAAUAUCACUGAAGAGAAACGCUCACUGUGCGUAAAAAGAAAAUUAACUGCAAUAGAAUGGGUGACACGCGAAGGUUCAAAAGAUAAAUCAAGUAAUAAUUUAAGAACAAACGUGUACUAUCAAAUAAUGAUUGUAAUGAGUCCUGGUCGAGCUGUGUAUGAAGGUUCUAUGCAAUACGAUACUAAACUUGAUACAUUUAUUAUUUUGGAUAAGGAUGUUUCUAGAAUUUCAGCUUACGGCGAUGAGCCUGCAUGUGUGAGUACGACCGACCCACAUCUAAACAAGUAUUGUUAUUGUAAAAAUAUACAACUAUACAAUUAA